AUGCGCCGCACAGCUGCCCGUUCCACCCGGAGCGGAAGUUCUCGAGGUCUUGCGUCGAAGCGCCGUGAAGAAUCAGAUGACGACUUACCACAAGUCUACCGGGAGAUGCUUGCGGAGGCGGAGGCCCGAGAUCCAGAUGCCCUGGAGACGGAGCGCCCCAUCAAGAAAAGGAAAGUUGGAGGUCAGAGAACCGAGCCUUCGAACAACCUCUCUUCACGGCAGCAGGAACUGCCAACAGAAAGUCACGAUGAUCGUGCCGGUCGACAGGUGCAGACAGUCGUUGAUGAUCCCACAUCCGACGAAUCUGAUAUGGAAUGGGAGGAAGUCGACCUUCAACAAGCUCCAAAUCUAGCCCUACAUGCGGCUCCUGGGACUGCAACCGAUGAGGAAUCAUUGCAGAUCACCUUGGAUGACCAUCACAAAAAAGGGCGGAAAGUCAUUCCAAGACAGAAGCCACUCUCGGCAGCCGAGAAGAAACUCAGAUUAGACAUACACAAGGUCCACUUGCUCUGUCUUCUCCGUCAUGUACAAAUUCGGAAUCUUUGGUGCAAUGAUGAUGAACUACAGAGCUUUUUGAAAAGAAUGCUGUCCAAGCAGAUGGUAUCCAUGCUAAAUGCCUCUGAGGAUAAACCGCAAUACAGCAGAUCCACCACUUUCGUUGAAGGGCUGAAUCAAGCUAGCGAUACAUUUAACAGGCGAUUCAGAGUAACGAAACCAGGCCUAAAGCGAGCUCAUUGGAUAGACAAUCCCACAUCCUUGAAUGAAAAAGCGGAAUCUAUCAUGACUGAUGCUGAGGUUUUCUUGUCGAGAGAAGAUUUCAUAAGACAAGCCAAGACCAUGCAAGGCUCUCGUGAUUUCGGGACGCAGCUAUUCUGUGCUCUGUUGCGUUCCGCGGCUGUGGAAGCGAGGUUGGUCUGCUCACUCCAACCUUUACCGUUUUCCGGGACAACAAAAACCAUUACUCCAAUUAAACCCAAAUCCAAGUACAUUAUCAUAUCGUCAGACGAUCAUGAAACGUCUACCGAUGACCAACAGAUGUCUGGUACCUCGCCUACCCCAGGGUCAAGAGCAAAGAGGCUUGGUCGACCCCAAUUCACUUCAACGCGUCCUCAGAAAACGUCUAGCCCAGUGUUUUGGGUUGAAGCUUUCAACGAGGCGCUCCAGAAAUGGGUUCCUAUUGAUCCACUAGUCACAAAGACAAUUGCAAAGGCGUCAAAGUUUGAGCCACCAUUCAGUGAUCCAUCUAAUUGCAUGACUUACGUAGUCGGCUUUGAGGAAGACGCGUCCGCAAGGGAUGUUACCCGACGCUAUGCAAAGGCUUUUAAUGCCAAAACUCGCAAACUGCGUGUUGAAUCGACCAAAGACGGAGAGAGAUGGUGGGCCCGCGCUAUGCAAUUCUAUGAGAAGCCAUUUUUUGAGGACAGGGAUGAACUAGAAAUCAGCGAGCUGACAGCCAAAACUGCAGCUGAGCCCAUGCCCAGGAACGUGCAAGACUUCAAAGACCACCCGAUCUACGCGUUGGAACGGCAGUUGCGUCGGAACGAAGUUGUCUUUCCCAAGCGUGUGAUAGGACAAGUUAGUCUUGGGAAGUCAGGGUCGAAAGACCAGAUGUUGGAACCUGUGUAUCGCCGCAGCGAUAUUCAUGUUGUUCGCAGUGCGGACAAGUGGUAUCGCUUGGGACGGGACAUCAAGCUUGGUGAACAGCCUCUGAAACGCAUUCCCGCAAACAAGAACAAGGUUUCUGGGUUCAAUGAAGGCGAGGAUGACAACGGAAAUGCUGCAGAGGUCCCUCUCUAUGCGUACUUUCAGACCGAGAUCUACAAGCCACCACCCGUGAUGCAUGGAAAGGUACCAAAGAACUCUUACGGAAAUCUGGAUGUUUAUGUACCAAGUAUGGUUCCUCCGGGAGGUAUCCAUAUCAGACAUGCCAACGCUGCGCAUGCAGCAAGAAUCCUGGGCAUUGACUACGCAGAGGCUGUGACAGGGUUCGAAUUCAGAGGUCGCCAUGGGACCGCCGUGUUUCAAGGCAUCGUUAUUGCUAGCGAGUAUCAGGAAGCGCUUGAAGAGGUUCUGAUGAGCCUUGAAGACGCGAAAAGACAGGCUGAAUCUGAAAAGAAAUCUGCAGAAAUGUUGAGUUUGUGGAAGAACCUUCUUCUCAGACUGCGAAUUGCAGAGAGAGUCAAAGGCUAUGCCAUUGAAGGGGAAGAUGAUGCCGUUAGUGAAGAGAGCGCCAGUGAAAGUGCACGAGGCUACGAGUCGGAGACGGCCGGUGGUGGGUUUUUCCCCGAACCAGGGCAGGAAACAGCCACUCCAAGUGGCGGUAUGGGUUACCAAGGUCUUGCCGAUCAAGACUUAUACCAAGGACACGCCGCUGACGAAGAACCCCCAUCCCUUCCUAACCAAGAUGAGUGUCUUGAAGGAGGCUUCAUACCCGACGAUGAUAACGAGAACACAAUGCCGCCAACUGGCUUAGAUAUACCUAUAGCUACCCGCUCAGCACCGAAUGGGUCUCAUCGCUAUAGUCUUGUCGUCGUUCAUAAGGAUCGAGCGGACGGUGAGCAACUCCAUCAAGCCUCUGAGCCGUUGGAACUUGAGUUAGCGGUUGAAAGGUCAAGGUCACCUGAACAGUCAUUCGAGGGCUCACUGAAAGCCCCAAUGACUGUGGAUUCAUCAGCAGCAGGCGGUUCUAAAUCAGCCAGUGUUGAGGUCCUCUCACGAGCACCAUCCCAGACACCAUCUCAGGUUCAGAUACCUGAGGAAGUCGAGGGAGAAUCAGAACCCGAGGACAACGGCUCACUGUUGUCCCAUGAUCCGGAAGAUGAUGAUGCGAUACCAGAAUGGUUGGUAUGA